GUAUGGCUAAAUUUGCCCAGUUAAACAGCUCACAUGUGCCUCAACGGAUGAUAAAUUCGAAUUGAAAAUUUUUACUUAAAAUGGUGUAUGAUUAAUCUGUGUAAAGUUCAAAAAACCUUCCUGCGUCGGCAAAAUUACGCAUGGCUAAAUGCAAAGUUCUCUUUGCAACUAGGACAUGCACAUAAGAUUUAAAGCGGCGCAUUCGUGUAUGCAAUGCUCUAAGGGGAAAACAAAUUCAGACAUAGUUAAAAUUGGGUCAUCUAAGUGCAAAUUUCAUGUGUGCAAGGCGAAUUAUAUAAAAGUGAAAAAAAAGAAAUAAAAGACUGUGAAAAAAAUAUAUACAUAUAUAUAUAAUAAGUAGAAAAUAGGAAACUUCAAAAAGACAGAACAAGAAAUAAACAAAAUCAAACGCAAAAGGGCAACACUGACCAAUCGUCCUUCUAACUUUGUAGUAAUCCCCUUGAGCUAGUUUAGCACCUGUGCAUACACACACCCAUGUAACAUGCUCAUACAGAAAUGCUUUUCGCUCGUUCCAGGGGAAGACAAGAACUUGGAAAACCUUGUAAAUGAGCUAGCUCAAUCUAAGAAGAACAUCAGGAAAAUACAAAAUUAUGGAGCAAAGGAGAGAAGUGCAGACAGUUCCAUUCAUAAAGAUGUUGUCAAUGAAAAGGUGGAAAAGUUAACUAUCCCAUCAGUUAGUUCCAGGCGAAAUGCAAAUACAAGCGAGAAGGACAGAUGGUGCAGCUUCAAGCAGAAGAAGAACAAUGCCGGGAAAGAUUCGCCCACCUUGUCCCAAAAAUAUAAAAAAACUACGUUCGAUAUUAGUGAAGAUAUUAAGGCAAUCGGACGUGACCCCCCCACCAGGGCCAAGUUCGAUUUGUCCAACAUCAAAGAAAAUGAACUUUUCCAAAGAAUUUUUAAAACGGUUGAAAGGGAAAAUUUAAAAUGUAAGAAUGAAAAAUUAAAAAGAAAAAGUGAAAAACUGAAACAUUUGAAAAACAAUUUAGAGAACCAAAAUGAACAUGUAAAAAGCAAAAAUGUGAAGGAAGAAAAUAAAGACCAACCAACAGAUUUAAUAAGCGAAUUUAGGAAGGUUCUGAGUGAUAAGAAGAAGACAUAUACCACAUUGAAAAUCAGGACUAGAAGUUUUCAGAAGGAACACGCGUCCUUUUCCCCCUUCCCGGACAACGACGUCGAAUGCUAUAAUAUACACUACAAUUGUAAAGGCGGAAGUUUUAAAAACCGUUCAUGGGGCGAAGUUUAUGAGAAAACCGAACAAAGGCAAAAAAGAAAAGAGCAUACGAAAAUGCAAAGGAUGGAACUUCCCUACCAAAAUGGCCAAGACAGAAUCGCAAAAGGGACAGCCCACAGGAGUAGCCACAAGCAGAAAGGUUGCACCUCCAGCAAGGUUAAUCAAAAUGAUUUAAUAAAUGCAGAACAAGGAAAUACUACACAUUAUUUCACUAAAAGGAGUAAUGUACCCCCACAGAAGGAGCACCGAAGUGAAAACACUUACCGCCAAUUUGAAAGCCCAUCCGUUAUGGAAGAGGAAACUCCCCUUAAAGGCAGAAGGUUACCACCCCAGUGGGAGGAAAAAAGCAGUCGUAGUAACAGCAGAGGUAAUAAGUCACAAUGUCAAUAUUACAUACGCUCCUGUAGCAGUAAUAUUUCCGUGCCAAGUAGUAAUAAUUACAAAAAAUGUAAAAACAGCCUCAGCGCUGCUAAGCAAAAGGACAAAAUGUGCGAACAAAUCAAUGACGACAAAAAAGGUAACAGGGGACGUAAAGACAAUAAUGGGAAAAAAAAAGAAAAAAAAAAGUUCGCCAACACUCGGGAUAACAAAUUAUGCAAUCAUAAAAAUAAACGCAGUCACACCUGUGGACACAUUUUUCGAAAUACUUAUACAACCCACAGAAGGGCAUCAAAAUACAAAUUACUGCAUCGCAGACUUCAUUUAAUUAACGAUCCAAUGGAUGGACUCCAUUUCCCCAAAUGGGACAACUCCUGCGGUAACAAAUUCCAAUACUUAGUGGUAAAAAAGAAGAGGAAAAAAAUAAACAUGACAAUUUUUGCCAGAACAAAGAUAGAAAAGAAUAUGCAUGCAACAAAUGGACGAAUUUAUACACUUGAGGAGGAGUCUCCUAAAUCCAGAAGUGAAUAUGCCAACAGUGUAAAGGAGCACUGCCAUAGCUACUCACCAAUUAGGUCCAUUGAACACACCAGAGAAAACUCAAACGAUUGCCAAGGUGAUCAGUUUUACCAAGACAUGGCUACAUCGUUUAAGAACGAAUUAAAGAACUACCAAGGUAAUUCCAAUAAUGAGGAUGAAAAGAACUCAAAUCACUUUAAGGAAAACAAUAAAUGUGGUGCCUCUGAAGAGGGCUUGCAUAAAAUGAGCGACUAUAGAAUAUUCCCCCAUAAUAAUAGUGACACACAUAGGGAUAGAUUAAGCAAAAAUGGUAAAGAAGAUGAACAAAUGCACGAAAUGAAAGCCGAAGUGGGUGCCCUUAAAGGUGAAGGCAAAGCACAAGGCACAUGUGUAGACCCUAACAGGUGGAAAGACACGGGGGAAAGUAACAUAAAAAUACGAGAUAGAAGAAUUGAAAAGGAACGGACUUCUUUUAAUUGUGAACCGAAAGAAGAAGUAAACUUAAACAACUCGAACGGCGAAAUUGCGGAUCUGUUAAGCCACGCAACAGCAAACGCAAUAAAGAGAAGCAACACCACAAGUAUCACCCCCUGGGAAAGAGCGCUUGGUGGAGACUUCGAUGAAUCAACUGAUAAGUUAAGAAGAGGGAACACUUCCAUUAAGGGCCUUAACAGAGUAGCCGAAAGAGGCACAGAUGAUCUAUGGAAGGAUGCCAUUUCAGUUAAGCUAAAUAAAGAAUUGUCCGAAUUGGCACAUGAGGGGCAAAACAUAGAGCUUGGAAAGCAGCGAAAAGAAGGAAAUGCAAAUUGCAUAAGUACUGACCUGCGUGUUGACACGCACGGCAAUGUGCACACAGAUCAACAAAGCAUCAACCAGGGAAAGAAACAUAUCCUCCAAGAGAUACUAACCUUCUACACUGGAUAUAAAAAUAAACUGAACUUUCUCCUGCAGGAGGAAUAUAAUUAUUUAUGCAGUCUGAGGGACUACGUUAGAAAAAAUGCUCAAAAAUCAGAAGAAGUGAAGAAAGGUAAUUCAGCUGAGGGCACUUCCACACCUGACUGUUGCGAAGGAGACAACGUUUUAAUUAGCGAACUUGUGCACCAGAUAAAUAACUUCAUAUCGGAAAAAAAUAAGUUACACCAUUCGUGUGAUGAGAAGGACGUUCCAACAAAUCAGGUUAAAAAAUGCGAUUGCAGAAAAGGCAAAGAAAAUUUUAUUUAUUAUCUAUACAAAGACGACGCAGAUGUGCACCAAAUUUGUAUUCAAACGGAUAAAAGAAUAGAGCGAAUUGAACAUUAUCUAAAUCAAAGGGAGAAAAAAUGUUUGGGGGAAAACAAAAGCAUCACUAAGAGAGAAGCUUCUCCCUUUGCGAAAAGUUCCUCAAGCGAUCGUUCCUCAAAUAAGAGCGAACAUUUUUGCAAAGACAGUUCUGUAGAAAAUAACCAACCUCAUUGUCCUUUUCGACGCACAGACAUGACUAAUCUGCGUAAUAGUGAAGAAGAAAUGAACUAUAUAAGGAUAGGAAAAAGAACCCCCCUUUCUUGGAGGCCCUCAACAAUGACAAAGCGAACGCUCAAAGAAACUUCCAUUCGUGCAGCAAUGAAUAAAAAAGUACUUGUGCGAAAAAAGGGAAGUUUCAAGAAAGGCCAUCGUUCAAAAGAAAAUUUUAAGUACGAGCUGCUCUUCAGAAUUAAGGUGUCUAAAUAUUUCCUACACAACUGGAAAAAAUUGGGAGGACAUUAUAGCGCCAGUUCGAAUUAUCUCUUAAGGGGCUUAAAAUGUGCAGCAGCAAAAGGCUUUCACCUUUGUGAUAAAAGUGAAUUGCACUUUAAAGGGUCUCUUUCUCUUUUCAAUUACAAACCAUGUUUGCACCACUUCAAAGCUAACACCUUUUAUUGCUACAUGUUGUGUGCGAAAAAAAGAGGCAUUUUUCGUAAAAGGCUUAGCAAUGCCCCCAAUCGAGCAAGAGACCCAAAUUACCAACAUGCACAAAAAGUUGAUCGAAGAGAAUGCAGUAAUUAUUUAAAUUGUGCAGAUGAGCACACAGUUGGGAAGAACAAUAGGACAUAUCAGAAUGUCCCAAAGGAUAGGGAAAAUGAAGAGACAAAAAUAUUCACUAUGCCGACCCCAAUUUGUGAACACAAUUUUCAUGUAAAAAGAACGAACUCGAAUUUUAGGCACAUCAGUUGUAGUCCUGUCUAUGCAGGGGAAUCGCUUCCCAAUGCACAUUUUACUAACAAUGUGAUGAAACACGCUAAUAAUAGUAUCCCCUGCAGUGGGGGGAAAUACAUCACUAAGGAAGAAAGUGAUAGUUUCUGUUCGACCAAUUUGAGGUGGAAUCAGAAAAGCACCCCCGACUUAUGUGGCACCAUGUGGAGAGGAAAACGCAACACAGAAGGACCCACAUGUGAGAGUUCUACUCACCGAGUGGCUAACUCCAAGUGGGUUACUUCCACAUCAACAUAUAUUACUCAAACGGGGGGAAAAAACAACCCCCUUAAGAAUGAUACCCCCACGAGUAGCUCACUUCAUCAGGGGAACAUAAAUUUAAAUACAUCUGAUGCUUAUCACGUAAGUCCUAAUUUGUUAAGGGAUAAGGACAAACGCGAACAAUUGUAUGAUAAUAGUGCAGAAGGAAAAGACUCUAUGCAGUCCGCUAACUCGAUAAAAUCGUUGGGCAUUAAAAAAGGGUCUCCUAUAAAUGGUGAACAUAUAUGUGAGCAAAAUUACCCGUUUGAAAAACACCCCACUAGAAUAAGUCACCACAUAGGAGCUUCAAAAAAGGAGAAUUUUGCUUCAUCAAAUGAAAACAAUUAUCUGACAAAUUCGAUCACUGUAGAACAGACCAACGCGCAUUUUAACGUGAAUGAUAAGUGUACAACCGGGGGGGAGUAUGCAGAAUGGUUAAGCUUCCCCAAUGGGGGACGCACCACGGAGUAUCCCCCAGGAAGCGAAUGCUAUAUCAAUGUUUACGAAAAUAAUUAUGAUAAGAAUGACAGCUUGGGGAAGAGCAAAAAUAUGUACCAGCUAAACUACUCAUACGACAAGAUUGUAAAUUCCCUAUGCAUAAGCAGAGGAAAGAUUGCACAAGAAAAUGUUCGAACAAACAACAAUUGCAAAAAAGAGGAAAAAUGCAAAAAACAGUCCAAUGUAAUUAACGAUGAAGGAGGUCAAAAUGGAAAAGACAAUCUGCCCAACAUAUGGGUAGACAAUUUUAACCAAGUGCGUGAAUACAAUAGAGAUAGUAACACCCCCAGUAGGAAGAACAAUAAAUGUCAGGUAGUUCCCCAAGAGGGGAACAUCAUCCCACGUGAUAAAUUUAAUGUGAACAAAUCGAAUAGCAGCGCUACGGCUGCUGCAGUGGAUAAGUACUAUGUAGACUUGCUCACCAAUGGUGACAUACACUCAAGGCAUAAUAUAGGAGCAAAAUUAAAGAAAAAAAAAAAAAAAGCAAAUAACAUUCCACAUGAUGAGAGGGGCGAAAAUAAAAACACGCCGAUUCAAAACGUACACUUAUUCGAGAAGGAAAAAAAAAAAGGGAACUCCCCAGAAAAGGAACUAAUUCAAUGUGAGACACAUGCAACGCAAAUGCAUCAUAUCGGAAGAGACCGCAAAGGAGUUGGCACGACGAUAUAUUCCUUACCAAAUGAUCAACAGAACGGACAGUUAAGUCCACCUGUCAAUGCAACAAACUGUAUCUAUAGGGAAAAUCACGAUCUGGACAAACAUAUAAAUUUUGAAAAAAGGGAAAGUUACAAUUUCUUCGAUGAUGCAGUGGAUACAUUCGACCGAGACAUGCGGGAAGAAAAUUCCAUACUGUUCAACACUCAUCGGGGCAUAAGCCAAAAUGAGAUAAAGGUAAAAUGGGAAGAAAUAAAAAGGCGUGAUUAUAAUCCAGAGGAAUGCUCAAAUUUCACAAAUUCUUUAAACGGAAGGAGAGAGGAAAAUUACUUUUUCCCAUCAAGCAACGAAAAACACAAUUUAAGAAAAUUAAAAUAUGAUCUGAGCGAGCAUUUAUACGGAGACACGCCUCUUAAUUGGAACCCAUCCUCAAGCACCCCCCAAAAGGGGACAAUUCAUGCAGAGGAAUAUACGGCGCAAAAAGGAGACUCCCCACACACGGUCCAACAUGGCACGGGGGGCAACGUACUUACGCGUGAAGACAAUACAGUGAACACAGAGUAUAGAGAAAAAAUAAACGACCAUUUCAACCAAUCCCAUUUUAGCGAUUUUUACAACUCGAACAGUUUUUCUCAAAAUUCCAAUUUUACAGACCAGGAUUGGGGCAUAAAAGGGAACAGCAACAGUGGUAGUAUCUCCCAUAAUUUCACUAACACAAAUAAGUUAGACCAAAUUAUUGAGAAAAUAAAAAAAUGGAAUGAGCACAUUUCAAACGAUGUAAACUAUAUACAGUGCCUAUUCUGUGAUAAGUAUUUAUUCAAAGUGGAAAAUCAUCACGAUAGGGACGUACUGAACUCUUCCAUGAACGAAUCCAUCAGGAGAGAAAAAUAUACUUGUUCGAUCUGCAAGCAUAAAAUAAAGACGCUAAGUAAAUACAACGAUGAAGUAAAAAUUGGAGAACAGGUUGUUGAUAUACAAAAGGGGGGUUAUUUUGAAGGCAAGUUAAAGGAUGGUAAAAAAUGUAUGCCCUACAAUGCAGAGAGUGUAGUGGACUUUUUAAAAACGGAAAAUUUCGAAAAUUCACUUGACAUCACUUACUCGGGGAGCAAUAAAAUUGCCUCCUCCAUGCGAACGGAUGCACCGUUAAAUGGUGCAUCGCUAAAAGAUGCAUCAUUAAACAGUGAUGUUCUUAAAAAGGGUGCGUACCACAAGGGAAGAAAAAGUGAAAGUGGAAAUGUCCUCGGUGAAAAAUGCCGAAUUGAUGACCUUCCCCAGUUUGCUAAGUACAGCUCCGAAAAGGAAGCGCUUUCUCUUCACAACAGAAAUUUGAAUUAUCCCCGCGGUUUUGCCAUUUUUGAUGACACGCCUGGGAACGGUCCCCAUGGCAGCAACAUAGAUUCGGGCCUGUUCCGUUUCGAGGAGGACCACCCUAAAAGCCUCAGCGACAGAGACAGCAAAAGCACGAGAAGCAGUGGCAGUCGCAGUGACGAAAACGUAGUGCACACCCACUCGUUAGAUAACGAAAUGAGAACGCAGGAAUGGGGUAAAUUCGACCAGAUGAACGCAACUGAAGGACGCCAAUUUGAACACACACAUGAUGGGGAUGAUAAUGAUGCAGACGCCGCCAUGAUGAGCAAGACGAGCAGGGUGAAACAAAACGAGGUGGAGUUACGUAUAAAAAGAGACAAAACAGAUGAUGAAAAUGUAGGAAAAAAAAAAAAAAAAAAAAGAACCUUUGCCGGAGAGGCGAUUCACAAGUGA